GAGGCUCAUGGGAACUGUAGUUUAACUCUUCUGACUACGGGAAUACUGAAGGUUUUUAAACUUUCGCUUUGUUUAGUUCAGAUUAUAAAAUCAAUCUGAACUGUUAACAGUAAAUAUUUAUUCACACGAAACAAACUUUGAUUUUAGACGCUUCCGGUUUGUCAUGAAAACUCACAAGUCACGUGACUUUGAAAUAGAAACUAAAACUAACUUUGUUCUCCUUCAGCUCAGACUCUGUUUUGAGAUGGAGGACAGGAAUAACUUGUCGUCUUGCUAAUAGAGACUCACUGAACUCCAGAAGAUGGAAGAUUUGGACCUAAAGGAGGACAGAGCAGAACCUCCAGGAUCCGUCUGUCCCUCUAUGAGGAGUGACUGGUCCAAAGAUAUGCCUCCACAUUUCAGUAAUGAACCUGGACCCUCAGACAGGAAAGAUCAGAACCUCAGACUGAGAGCAGAAGCUGCAGGAUCCGUCUGUCCCUCUAUGAGGAGUGACUGGUCCAAAGAUAAACCUCCAGGCUUCAGUACUGAACCAGAACCAUCAGAAGGGAGGAAGAGGAGCAGCGUUGGUGAGGAGGAGCAGCUGUCCUGCUGUGCUUUGUGUCAGGAGGUUCUGGUGGAUCCGGUCUCUACCAGCUGUGCUCACUGGUUCUGCAGACAGUGCAUCAGGUCCUACUGGGACCAGUCUGCUCCAUCUGGACCCUCCUUCUGCCCCCAGUGUGGAGAAAGACCCAGAACAGGAGCUGGACUGCUGACAGCCAAUCAGAGCAGCUGUGCUCCAGAUGUUGGUCUGCAGGAGGUUCUAGAGGAUCAUAAGAUCAGUCUGAGGAGGAGAUGUGAAUGUGUGACUGAAGGAAGUGAUGAAACAGGAAGUAGAACCCUCCUCAACAAGAUCUACACUGAUCUCUACAUCACAGAGGGUCAGAGUGAAGAGGUUAAUACCCAACAUGAGGUGAAGCAGCUGGAGAGAGCUUCCAAGAUCCAGAACCUCCAUGACUCUCCAAUCAGGUGCCAUGAUAUCUUUAAAUCCUUCCCUGACCAACAUGGAGCCAUCAGAGUGGUUCUGACCAACGGCGUCGCUGGUGUUGGAAAAACCUUCUCAGUGCAGAAGUUCACUCUGGACUGGGCCGAGGGCUUGGAGAACCAAGAUGUCAGUGUGGUCUUUCUGCUGUCGUUCAGGGAGCUGAACCUGAUCAGAGAUCAGCAGCACAGUCUUCUCUCACUGCUCCAUGUUUUCCAUCCAACACUCCAGAACCUCCCAGCAGAGCAGCUGGCUGUCUGCAAACCCCUUGUCAUCUUUGAUGGCCUGGAUGAAAGCAAACUUUCACUGGACUUCAGUGGCAGGCAGCUGGUUUCUGACAUCACACAGAAGUCAUCAGUCAACGUUCUGCUGACAAACCUCAUCAGGGGUAUCCUGCUUCCCUCGGCUCUCAUCUGGAUAACUACCAGACCUGCAGCGGCCAAUCAGAUCCCUCCUUCAUGUGUUUCCAGGGCAACAGAAGUACGAGGCUUCACUGACGCCCAGAAGGAGGAGUACUUCAGGAGGAGGUUCAGUGAUGAAGAGCUGUCCAGCAGAAUCAUCUCCCACAUCCAGACCUCCAGGAGCCUCCACAUCAUGUGUGGAAUCCCAGUCUUCUGCUGGAUCACUGCUAUGGUUCUGGAGAACAUGUUGACCUCAGAGCAGAGAGGAGAGCUGCCCACGACCAUGACUGACAUGUACUCACACUUCCUGCUGGUCCAGACAAAGAGGAAGAAGAGCAAGUACCAUGGAGGAAAUGAGACAAGUCCACAGGAGCUGAUGGAGGCUGACAGGGAAGUUCUUCUGAAACUGGGGAGGCUGGCAUUUGAACAUCUGGAGAAAGGAAACAUCAUGUUCUACCAAGAAGACCUGGAGCAGUGUGGUCUGGAUGUCACAGAGGCCUCAGUGUACUCAGGAGUUUGUACAGAGAUCUUCAAAAGAGAGAGUGUGAUCUUCCAGAAGUCUGUCUACUGCUUUGUUCAUCUGAGCAUCCAGGAGUUUCUGGCUGCAGUUUACAUGUUCCACUGUUUCACCACCAGGAAUACAGAAGUGAUGGAGAAGUUCCUGGGAGAAAAAUACAGUGAAACAUCUCUGGAGGGCUUCAUAAAGAAAGUCAUGUAUAAAUCUCUCAGCGGUAAAAAUGGUCACCUGGACCUGUUUGUUUGCUUCCUUCAUGGUCUCACUAUGGAGUCUAACCAGAGUCUGUUAGGAGGCCUACUGGGUCAGACAGAGAACAGUCCAGAAACCAUCCAGAGAAUCAUCAACAAUCUGAAGGAGAUGAAGUCUGAUAGUAUCUCUCCUGACAGAAGCAUCAACAUCUUCCACUGUCUGGUGGAGAUGAACGACCUCUCAGUUUUUCAGGAGAUCCAGCAGCUCCUGAAAUCAGGGAAGAAGCUCUCAGAGAUCCAGUGUUCAGCUCUGGCCUUCAUGCUGCAGAUGUCAGAGGUUCUGGAUGAGUUGAACCUGGAGAAGUACAACACACCAGAAUCGGGCCGACUGAGACUGGUUCCAGUUGUGAGGAACUGCAGAAAGGCUCGACUUGGUGGCUGUAAACUCAGAAAGGCUGAAUGUGAAGUUGUGGCUUCAGCUCUGAAGUCCAACCAACAUCUGACUGAACUGGAAAUCAGUCAGAUCAACAUAGAUGGAAACAUUACAGACUCGGUACUGAAUCAUGUGUGUGAGAUCCUGCAGAGUUCAGUCAGUAAAGUUAAGAGUCUGAGAUUGUGGCGCUGCAGGUUGUCAAAGAUCAGCUGUUCUUCUCUGGCCUCAGCUCUGAAGUCCAACCAACAUCUGACUGAACUUAUCCUGAGUUGGAACAACCUGAAAGAUUCUGGAGUGAAGGAGCUCUGUGGUUUACUACAGGAUCCUGAAUGCAGAAUACAACGAUUAGAAUUGAGGCGCUGCAGGUUGUCAGAGAUCAGCUGUUCUUCUCUGGCCUCAGCUCUGAAGUCCAACCAACAUCUGACUCAACUGGACCUGAGUGGAAACAACCUGAAAGAUUCUGGAGUGAAGGAGUUGAAGCGUUUUGUAAAAAUUGUAAAGUGGAAGACAUCUUUAUUAAAUUAGAGAAUCGUCUCUGUUUCCUGCUGAUCCUCAGAAGCUGCAGCAGUUUGAGUCUAAAGAGACUCUGACUGGAUCAUGAUGACCUUUGACCUGAAUGGUUUCCAUCCUGUUUAUUUCCUCCUGUCUGUCAUUUUGUAUCUGAUGUUGUUUUUCUCUUUGGAUGGAUGAAGAUGAAAAUGUAACUAGGCUCCAUUUCGAGUCUUCAUGGAGUUUUGAUCUGAACUGGAUUCAGUUUUUAAAGUUGAUCAUUUUUCUCUGAUUCAUUUUCAUCCUGGAAGCUGAAAUAUGAAACAUGUUUUAAAAUAAUCCGUCUGCAUUACAUCACCCAGAAGCAUCGAUUCAUUCACUGGUUUUACAGCAUUUUUAGGAGGUUCUCAUUAUUCCUGUCUGAGUCAUUUUGUUUGUCACUCUGAUGUUUGAGGUAAACAUUUGUUAACUGUAAAUUUGAAGUUUCUCAUUUUGUGUUGAUUUUGUUCACCAAAUAACCAUAAACUAAUUUCUUGAAUCUCAUA